GGAUGGUUUGUCAAAAGGAAAGGCGGUGCCGCAUWCGCUGAUUGGUCGGGACUCCUGUCAGUUCUCCGCCUCGCUGCGCCUCUGGCUUCUCAGGUUGAUGGCCAGAGUUGGAGCUGGUGCAGCAGAUGCAGCAGCGGGCGACAGCAGCUAGCUUCACUCCUUUUCUCAACUCUUUUUUAAAAAUGUUUUUUAAUGUUUCCGUCAACUUUUGAAAAAUGUUUAUUCACUUCGCGGCGGUUUCGGCGCUUUACGGUUCGGGUUGCGUCUCCUUGGUGACGGAGAGUCAACUYUCCUGCGAAGUUCGAAUCAAGUGUUUUGUCCGCGAGACGGCAAAAGAAAGAUUAGCUUCGGUUCGACCGUGAAAACACAUUCGAGGCGCCGGAAGACUGUCAUGGAUAARUUCUGAAGUGUUUUAGAGUAUUUUUUAAACAAUUUUUCCACGUUUCGCUGCAGCUUUCUGCGGAAACUCGGAACAGCGCGAGACAAUAGUGUGUGAGAGAGUGUGCUCGUGGAGGAGGAGGAGGAGGACCGAUGCCUCGCGGGGGCUUUGUUCUCCCGCGGAUAUCGACGGAUCGAUCGGUGAAUUGAUGAGCGAUCGCAGGGAGCAGCAUCAUGGACGUGACCCUGUCGGAGCUGUUGGCCUCCUUCAUGGAGUCUCCGCUGGUGGUCUGGGUGAAGACGCUGGGCCCGCUGGGCUCGCCCGACGACGUGGGCUCAGAGGAGCGGGUCAGCAUGUACAUGGAGCUGGUGGACGGCGUCUUCCUGCACAAGAUCAUGACACACAUCUGCAGCAGUUGAUAGUCAUGCCCCUUCCCAACAUUCUCCACAUCGCCAAGGAUCCAAUAUCAGCAAAAAGCAUGGAAGAGCUGAAAAGACUUUUGUUGCUGAUUCUCGGCUGUGCCGUGCAGUGUGAACGUAAAGAGGAGAUGAUCGAGAAGAUCAAGCUGCUGGACAUUGAGACUCAGGCUGCCAUCGUGUCUCACAUCCAGGAGGUGACCCACAACCAGCUGAAUGUUCUGGACCUGUCCUGGCUGGAGGAAGGAUCUGAGCUCGGUCCAGAAGAGAUGGAGCCGCUGUCCCGCAGCAUGGCAGUGUCGCUGCAGCAACUCAUCGACCAGCGAGACAAAGCUAGUGAGGUGAUUAUGGAUCUGACCCAGGAGAGGGACUAUCUUUCCAGCCAGCAACCCCAGGAUGUCUGCAGGGACCUGAGCAGCUCAGACCCCAGGCUGAGCUCUGAAGAGGUGGGAGUGAAUAACGGCGGGCCUGCAGUGUCGAGGCUGAGCAAGGAGGAGAAGCAGCAUCUGUCUGUGGAGCUCGCAGACACCAAGGCCAAACUCCGCAGAUACAGACAAGAACUGGAAGAGAAAACGGAGCAGCUGAUGGAUUCGAAACAUGAAGUGGAGCGUCUGGAUCAGGAGUUACAGAAAGUAAAACAAGAGAACCAGUCUCUGUCCUGCGAGGCCCGGUCGGUGCGAGCGUACCGGGACGAGGUGGACUCUCUGAGGGAGCGAGCGGCUCGAGUUGAUCGUCUGGAGGCUGAACUCGUCAGAUGUAAAGAGAAGCUCAACGACGUUCACUUCUACAAGACCAGAGUGGAGGAGCUUCGUGAGGACAACAUGACUCUGCUGGAGACCAAGGUGCUGCUGGAGGAGCAGCUGUCCGCCUCCAGAGGGCGCAGCGACAAACUGCACACGCUGGAGAAGGACAACCUGCUGCUGCGAGCUAAAAUCAACGACCUGGAGAUGGAGCGAGACAGCGAGCGUCGGAGGCUGGAGGAGCUGGUGGAGGAGAACAUGCUGCUGGAGAUCGGACAAAAACAGAGCAUGAACGAGUCGGCUCACCUGGGCUGGGAGCUGGAGCAGCUCGCAAAGAACCACGACAACACAGACACAGAGACUCGCAAGUCUUUGGUCCACGAGCUCAACGAGUGCGUUUCCAGUCGAGUUCUGAAGCUGGAGAAGGAGAACCGGGAGCUGCAGACCUCCAUAGAGAGACUGAAGGAGGAGAACGUCCUCCUGCAGGAGCAGCAGCUCCACACUCAGGAGCUGGACAGGGAGAACCAGAGUCUCAGCAACAAGCUGGAGCGUCUGCAGGGAUUAUUGGACCAGGAGCGACUCACCAAUCAGGACAUGGAGUCUCUGGGGGAGGAGUUACUGAAGGAGAAACAGAGUCUGGAGCGAGAGAUGCACGCUCUGCGGGCCGCCAAGGAUCGACAGAUCUCGGAGCUGGAGAGCGAGAAGCAGCACCUGUCGGAGGCGGUGGCCUCCCUGCAGGAGCGCGCUCAGUCCAACAGCGAGGCCAGAGUACGUGAGGUGGAGGUGAAGAACCGUCUGCUGCACCAGAGCAUCACAGACACCAGCUCCCGCCUGGCCAGCCUGGAGACGCAACUCAAAGUGGUGAGCGAGGAGGCCGAGAGGCUGAGGGACCGAGCGGGACGCUGCGAGGAGGCYGAGAGGGAGGUGGCCCGGCUGGAGAGGAGCAGGGACGCUCUGAACCGAGAGGUUGCAUCUCUGCGAGCGUGCAGCGAGCGCUCAGAGGCCCUGGACAAACAGGUGACCUCCUUCGAGCAGGAGGUGCACAAGCUGAAGAGAGAGAAUGAGGAGGCUCAGCAUGAGCUGCAGCGGCUGGCCAGACAUGAAGCAGAGAACGGCCUGCUGUCCAAGGAGAACCUGGAGCUCCGCUGUUCCAUGGAAAACCUGCGCUCCUCCUCCGCCCGCCUCCCAACACUACAGGAGGAGCUGAAGGAGGCGCAGAGGGAGACUCAGGAGCUGCACAGGAGGCUGGAAGAGGCCAAGGAGGAGGCGCAGGGAGAGAAGAAGAGAGCCGAGAGGCUGGAGGUGAACCUGUCUGCUCUGAACCAGGAGAAGCAUCGUUUAGAGGAGGAGCUGGAGAGGAGCAAAGAGGAGCGGGGGGACAUGGAGGGAAAGAUGAGGGAGACYCAAAGCCGAGAGGAGGAGCAGAGGAGGGAAGUGGAGGAACUAAAGGAGGAGCGGAGAAGACGGGAGGAGGGAGACGAGGAGAGGAAGAAGCUCCAGCUGGACCUGGAGCAGUCGGAGAGGAGCAGGAAGCAGCUGGAGAAGGAGAGCUGGAGGAUCCGCACGCUGCUGGAGACCAAAGAGUCCGAGCUGGAGGAGAGGGCCAGCAGGUUGGCCACCACCAAGAAGGAGYGGGAGGCUCUGAGGAAGGAGGUGGAGAGGUUAAAGGAGGUGUCUGUCAAAGCAAAGGAGCUGGAGCGUGAGAACAAAGAGCUGCAGAAACAAGUGACGAUUGACAAGAGAACUCUGGCAACACUGAGAGAG